AUGUUUCUCUGUGGAAAGAAGGCUAUCGUGACUGGAGGAUCGCGUGGCAUUGGUUUCCAAAUCGCACACAAGCUCGCAGAGUUGGGUGCUAACGUUACUUUAGUGGCCAGAAAUAAAACCCUCCUCGAAUCUCAACGAGAACGGCUCAGCACAAGCAUCCCAGGACAGGCCCACUCUAUUAUUUCCUGCGAUUUGAACUACCCAGAAAAUAUCCCCAACGCCUUCACGGCCGCGGCAAUCAACGAUACCGCCAUUCUAGUGAACUGUGCGGGGGUUACCCAGAACCUGCUCUUACUCGGAACUUCCUUGGAGGAAAUCAACAGUUUGAUGAACACAAAUCUAGUUUCGCCUAUUGUUUUAUCACAGUUACUCCUCAAGCCGAUGAUGCGCAACAAGUUUGGCCACGUGAUAAGUAUUUCGUCCGUGUUGGCUACCAAGGGCGUGAAGGGAUCCAGUGUGUAUUCGUCCACCAAAGGCGGAUUGGUUAGCUUCACAAAAGCCAUGGCGGUGGAGAUGGGGCCGAAAAAUAUCAGGUUCAACUGCAUCUUGCCUGGUUUGAUUAGUACGGAUAUGGGUAAAACUAUUACUGAUCUGGGGAUAUACAAUACUCCGUUGCGGCACUGCGCAAUCACGGAAGCCGACAUCGCCGACGCCGUGGUCUAUCUUUUGAGCAGUGAGGUGAUUACAGGCCAAUGCAUCACCAUUGACAAUGGGUUCACGGUAUCGUAA